AUGUCGUUGGCGCGCUCCAUCCUCACCUUUUGCAUCGACAUCUCCCCGUCGAUGGGCGCGAAGCGCCUGGUCGAGGAGGAGGUGGCCAUCGACACGGCUGCGAGCGCAAAGGAGUGGGCCAAUCUCACCGAGGCGCAGCUUCACGAUCGCAUCGCAAAGGCUGAGGCGGGAGAUACGGAGCAGCAACCAAAGACAAAGGUCAGAACGAGGGAGACUACGGAUCUGCAGUGGGUCAAUGAAUUUGUUGCCAAGAAGGUUCAGAAUUAUGUCCUCGCUGGCCUCAAGACGGCCAGGAUCCACCUUCUCUUGUUUGGAUCACCUCGCACCGACAAUACCUUGCUGAGCUCGGGGGCCGCCACAGAGGGCUACGAAGGUAUUGACGAAAUCAUGAAGCCGGAUCAACCCGACGUCAACACCUUGGAGGUCCUCAGAUGUCUUCGCGCGGCCGAGCCGGAAGAAAAGCCUCACAAGGCUGAUCCCCUCGACGCAAUCGUUGCGGCUGUGACGACUUUAAACAGCAAGGAGGCUGGUGGAAUCGGGGCAGUGUCAAAGAACACCUGGCGUCGGACCAUAUACCUCCUGACCGACGCAAAGACAUCAAUGAACAAAAGCGAUUGGAAGUCCAUCAGGAGCAAGCUGCUGGAGGACAACAUCGCUCUGAAGAUCGUCGGCAUCGAUUUCGAUGAUCCUGACUUUGGCUUCGUCGAAGAGAACAAGGAUGCGGUCAAGGAAGAGAACGAAGCCUGGUGGCAUCACUUCUUGAGUAAGCUGCCAGGGUCCGGAAUCGCGACGGCCGCCAAUGUGAUAGCACAAGCCAAGCUCCCGGCCAUUCAACUGCAAUCCUCGGUGGCCACGCCAUCGUCCUUGACUCUUGGCGAUCCAGAGAGCCGCCACGAGGGAUCCUACGUCCUCGACAUCCCCGUCAAUAUCUACAAGUGCACCGCUACGGCUCGGCCGAUGGGUCAGAAGAGACUUAGUAAGAUAGCCCAGGACAGCGCAGCCGCAAGGACGCAGAUGGCGAGGAUGAAGGAAGCUCAGAGCCAGCUUCAGCCCACGAGUAUGCCCACUUUGAGCCAGACACAAUCCCUCACACAACGAGAAGACGGUCGCUCCGACCGAAGCCAGGGCGAUGGGGCGGGAUUGACGUACGGCGUACAAAUGGUGCGCAGAUACUACAUCAAAGAGGACAUGGAGCGACUCGAAGGCGGCAUGGACAACGCUACUCCGUUACCUGAAGGAGCGGAAGAGACCUUUGACAAGGCGUACAAGCUCGGAGCCAGCCUUGUUGCCGUCAACCAGGACCUCGAAAGGAGCUUGUCUACCAUGAAAGGCCUCGAGAUCAUCCAAUUUACCAAUGCUGCCCUUUAUCGUCGACAAUAUCACAUGGGCGAGACUUUCUUUGUAUUCCCAAGUCCGAACAAUGCUCGGUCUCAAUUGCAACUCUCGAGCUUGAUCCGAGCCAUGAGCGAGCAGAACAAGUACGCCAUCGUUCGCUUCGUGCGCAGGAACGACGCUGACCCCAAGCUGGGCAUUUUGGCCCCGGCCAUGCCGGAUCCUGAGCUGGGUCACGAAUUUGAGUGCUUCUAUCUCGUUGAGGUGCCAUUUCGAGAAGACAUAAAGCGCUUCACUUUCCCUCCCUUGGACCGUGUUGUCAACCGCGAGGGCAAGGAGCUCACGGAGCACUCAACGCUUCCGUCAAAAGAGAUGCGAGAGAACAUGGACGAACUGGUGGAUAGCAUGGAUUUGAUGGACGCUGAGGAAGGAGGAGCGCUAGACGGCGAUGACGGACCAUGGUUCCUCAGCGAAGAGUCCUUCAAUCCAGCUAUUCACCUCAUCAAAGAUGCCGUCUCAUGGCGCGUUUUCCAUCCAGACGACAAGCUCGUCCCGAAGCCGCAUCCUGAAGUGGAGAAGUUCCUCGAGAGGCCUCACAAGGUCGUCGAGAGGUCGAGAGACAAGGCAAAGAGGUGUCGAGAGCUCUUUGAUCUUGAAUACGUGCCUACGGUGGCGAUGCGGAAGGCGGCGAGAAAGGCAGAGAAUCAGUCGGAAGGUCGAAAACCCAAGGAGGUGAAUCUCGAAGGUGUCAUGGACGAAGAGCUAGCGGCAGAAGAAAGAGCAAAACAGAGCCAGACCAUCAAAAGUUCUCAGUCGACUGCGGAUGCGCCUGUGAAGAAUGGUUCUAAGCAAGGCAUUAAAGUCAACAACGAGGAAAGACACUCUGGGAGCGACACGGAAGAGGAGGAAGAGUUGGGUCUUGGUAGGCGAAAAGCAGUGCAGCCCAAGAGAGAGGACGAGGUGGUGGCGACAGCCGAAACCCGGUCCACGACGUUUGACAAGGCCAAUGCGAUAGCAGACUUUGAGACGCGGCUCGAAGAGAGGGGAGCCGAGCUGCCUCCUGUCUUCGAUGGGAUGGAGCAUCUGAUCAAGGAGACGAUCUCAAAAAGCUUCAGCUCAAACGACUACAGCAAAGCAAGGGACUAUUUGAAGGCACUGAGGAAGGCUGCUGUCGAGUACGAAGAGGCGCCGCGCUACAAUGACUUCUUGCGUGCGUUCAAGAAGGAGUUGCGGGCAAAGAACAAUCGCCGGGUUGACUUUUGGAACAACUUUGUCCAAGGCGUCGAAGAGCUGAGUCUAAUCACCGACGAAGAGGACACGGCUGCUUCUACCAGUGUCACCAGAGAUGAGGCUGAAGAGUUUGUCAACAUGUAA